AUGAGUGAAGAGGACAAAACACUAGGUUCUGAUGUGGCCUCUAGCACGGGAGUUUUUGAGAAGGCAUUGAAUUCGUGGGCCGUGGUGGAUCUUCCAAGUCUCCAGAAGGAGAUGGAUGCCAAGGGGCUGGAGAUCCAGGCCUCUCAAAAAGAAUCGCUGUUGGGUAGAAAAGAUCUGGCAACAAAGACAAAGAGUUUCAAAAAGCUGCCAGAAGAGGAGAAGUUGGAUCAGAUUAAUCAAUUGCUCAAAUCUUACCAGAACGAGAUCGACAAUCUUGCCAAGAAGAACAAGAUGAUCGAAAACACCUUUUUCCACGUGUAUCGGGCCAUCGCCGAGGCUCCGGACCCUAAAAAAUUGCUUCAAAUCAGUGUGGAAGCUGUUCUUUCGCUGAAAGACGCGGAGAAGGUGAAACAGGAGAAAGCAGAGCUUGAGGAGAAGUUGUUGGGUUUUGCUGAUUAUGACCAGCUCAAGAACAAGAUCACGAAAACAGAGGAAGAACUGGCCAAGGCCGUCGAGACAAGCAUACAGGCCAAAGAUGACGAGUGGAAGUCCUUGUUGGAGGAGAAAGAGCUCAACUGGAGAAAGAAGGAGGCCGAGCUUGACGACACGGUUGGAAAUCUCAAAAAGGAGAUCGAGGAGCUCAAAGUGAACGAUGAGAUCAUGCGUCUUCGGCUUAAGAGCCACGCUCAUACUUUGAAUGAUGAUGACGAAGACGGUAACGCGGACGACCUGAUUGGCGGCUCGGACUUAAAAGAGCGUGCUGCAGACACCGUGGAGCUUCAGAUGUUGAGUCGUGAUGCCGAGACUGCUAAGCUGCGGAUCAUGGAGCUGGAGCGUCGUAACGAAGAGCUCCGCCGUGAGAUCAGCGUUGCUCGUAGCGACGUGGAGAUGGACAAAGUGAAGGAGAAGAACAACAAGCGGAUUGGGGAGUUGGAGAGCGAGAACGCGUUGUUGGUUGCACGUUUGGAGCAUGAGCGCAAGAACCUUGACAAGCUGAAAUCCGAGAUGCAAGGUAAGCUUGAUGCCUCGCAACGCGAGGUGUCGCAAUUGACCAGUGAGGGCGAGGUGUUGCGUGAACGUAUCAACAAGACACACGAUUACGACGACAUCAAAAAGGAGCUGGAAGUUUUGAGACAGAUAGAGCUCGGAGACGACGAGGAAGUUCCUCAACUCGAUUCGGCUAUUGUUGCACGGAACAAGAAGCUGAGUAAUGAGAUCAUUGAGUACAGAUCAAAGAACGAAGACCUGACCAAACGGUGCGAGGCGCUGGAGAUCCAGGUCAAUGAAUACACUAAACAACUGGAGCAGCUGAAGGAGUUGAACACCAAGCUGGAGUCCGAUCUGGUCAACUUCGAAAGCGGAUCUGGCAACAACGACAAAUGGGAGACCAUGUCGAUGAUUUCGUCGGUGGCUCCUUCGAUGGCCGGCUCCAUAGCACCAUCUAUUGCAUCCAAGGGAGGCAGACUGUCGCCUGCUUCGUCGAUUGCUGGAGGAUUUGAGCCUGGGCCUGCUCAGAACAACUCGAUUUUGCCGAUCAUUACACAGCAACGUGACCGGUUCCGUGUGCGUAACAAGGAGCUGGAAGACGAGACCAAGAAACAAUUUUCCAAGAUUGUUGAGCUGAGAAGAGAGGUGAAUGCUCUGAAGAACGAUAAUAAGGGAUUGUACGAACGGAUCAGGUUCUUGCAGUUCCACCAAGACACGAAGAAUGCCCAGGUGGCUGCUGCAUCCAGAGAGCUGGAGACCAAGUACAAAGACAGCUAUGAGCAGGAACUGCAUCCGAUCGAGCAGUUCCGGAUUCUGGAGACCCAACGGAUCAACUCGAGAAUGUCUCCGUUCGAGCGGAUAUUUAUCCAGGUGACCAGAUACGUGCUGAGCACAAAGUACUCGCGGCUGAUGUUUGUUGGAUACUGUCUUGGGCUGCAUUUGCUGGUUAUGAUGUUGAUGAUCUAUGUGCUGGGUGGAUCGUCUGCAGCUGCCACAGACACAAAACCCAGUAUGGUUGGCAGUACUGGAGGAACCGCAGGUGGCUUUGAUCAUCUGAAUUGA